ACAGAGAAAAACGUCAAAAAAAAAAAGAUCAUUUGCUUCAUUUAAUUAUAAGAUUAUAAUCAAACUAUUUUUUUUUUUUAUUAAGAAAAAUUAUCAACGAUGAAAAGUGCAGCACAUCAAAAAUUAGUGAUGUCAGGAGAUCGCGAUGGAUUAAAGGAACUUUUACGACGUCGUCUUGUUGAAUGUGGUUGGAGGGAUCAAGUGAAAAUAAUUUGCAAAGAUAUUAUUAAGGAAAAUGGACAGGACGUUACUUAUGAUUCAUUAUUGGGUUCAGUGACGCCAAAAGCAAGAAGUCUCGUUCCAGACACUGUGAAAAAGGAGCUUUUGCAAAAAAUUAAAAAUCAAUUACUCGCACAGGAGGAGAAACUAAAAACAUGAUUUUGUCGUUUACAAAAAAAAAAAUAAAGUCUGUAUGACUAUUCAUAAGUUGUACCUGAUGAGUAAUUAUAAUCAAUAAUUAUAAUUUUUAAUUAUAAAAUGAUUAUAAUUAUAAUUAAUAUUAAUUCAAUGUACAGUAAUCAUUAAUAAACGCUUUUGUAUACACAA